AUGGAGAAUGAGGAGGAGAAGCAAGUGAGCGAUGGGGAGAUUAUCUUAAACCCUGAUGGUCAAAACCCUAGUGGUCAAAACCCUAAUAAUAGAAGGAGUAAUUAUUAUGGUGGUGGUUCAGCUGAGCCUUAUGAUAUGCAUAGUGAACUUCAUGCGAUGCAUGGGAAUGCUUAUUUUGAGUUCUUUCCGCCGGGUUAUCGUUUCAAGCCUUAUGACCAUGAGCUGGUGGUGAAUUACUUGAGGAAGAAGAUACUGAACGAGCGUUUGCCGCCCAAUCGGAUCCAGGAAGUUGAGCUUUAUAAGAGAAAUCCUCAGUACCUAGCAGAGAAUUACACUGCCCAUGGAGACAACGAAUGGUAUUUCUUUACUCCAAGAGAUAGAAAGUACAAGAAUGGGGAAAGGCCUAAUCGAUCUGCUGGAGAUGGAUACUGGAAGGCUACUGGAGCUGAUAGACCUGUCAAUCAUAAUGGAGUUCAAGUUGGAUCCCGGAAGGCCUUAGUCUUCUACAAGGGAAAGCCUCCAAAGGGUAACAAAACUGACUGGAUUAUGCAUGAAUUCAGAGUGGAGAAUCCUCCCAAGAGAAAAAGGCCAGAAUUUCAAAAUGAUAUGCGCCUGGAUGACUGGGUUUUGUGUAGGCUAUACAAGAAGGUUGACAAGAAUUCCAAAGGUCCAGGUCGUCCAAGAGACGGUCGAGUCCAGGAUCAAGAGCCUGAAAAUGAAGUUCCUCCUCAGUUUCAGGAUCGCGGGCAAAUGCCAAUAGUAGAAGAACCCAAGAUGCUGCCUCAAGAAUGUUUCAAUAUGCCUGAAGGCCUUGACUCCUUUGAACAAAUUUUUAAUCCUUUCAACCAGGCAAAUCCAAUGGGGUUGUAUCAUUUUGAUAAUUCUCCAUUUCUUCAUGGCUGUCAAAGCGGCUUUAUCGGAGGCUCUCAAUCUUUAUACUCUCAGCUUGCGCAGAAUCCAAUGAUUCACCAUAUGAUUCCUGGUCAUCAUCAGAAUCUUAAUCUAAUGUUUCCUGCAGAACCAUUUUCUUCGGCGGAUAACAUAAAGUACGAGCAGUUCAAUGACUAUCACUCAGAUGACCUUUUGAAUAUUCCACCACUCGAUCAAGGAAAUAAUACUAUUGAACAGAUGGUUUCCAGCUUUAGGGGGGCUCCGAACUCUGUCAUUCCUCCAUUCAGUGAUGAUCGAGGGGCUUCGAGCUCUGUCAUUUCUCCAUCCUUCAAUGAUGAUAAGAAGCUCAAAAAGCAGAAAAGGCAUCUCUAGAUUAUCGUUUGAGUGAAUUGUUAGAUAUCGUUUUCA